AUGUUCGCCGGUUCGCUGUAUCAAUCUGAUACAUUCCGAUUUGAAUCCCGGAUUGUUAAAUUAUAAAACGUAAUUUUACAUUUCAGUGUUAAGCACCUAUAUACGAAAAUGACUGAAGACACCUCUUUAUAUGUUUUGCCAAACAACCAACCACUGGUAGCCUUAGAAUGUGAAACCGCAUUUAAUGGUUUGACAGCAAAGGAGAAAUUGUAUGCACAUUAUUUAAGUCAAGCUGCAUGGAGCGGUGGUCUUAUCGUGUACGUACAAACUUCUCCCGAAUCGCCGCUGCUAUUUGCUCUUUUACAUAAAAUUUUUAAAGCUCAAAACAUAGAAGAAUUGAAAAAAUCUGCGCUUGAUGCUGGAGUCAGCGAAGAUGAAUUUACGGCUUUCUUAGUGUACAGCUGUGGAAUAUUUUCGAAUUCUGGUAAUUACAAGUCCUUUGGCGACAGUAAAAUAAUUCCAAAUUUACNAAUACGACAGAGACAGAGCAUUUUCGGAGACUGCUCUGAAAUAUGCUGCAGAGUGGCAUCAUCCAAUCCCAUGUAUUUUUUACUAUUUUUAUUAAUAUGA